UUGGAACCGGCACAGUUUCGCUUAGAGUUGCUUAGAUACAAACAGAUACCUAAGCUCCUCUAGAAGGCCGGGCGAAGUCAACCUCGAACUUAGAAGCCGAGCGACAUCUCGACGGAAGAGCGACCCUUAGCCCGCACCGACUUGACGUAGCUAAUCCAUACGGCUGGGAAAAAGACGCCUGCCUCUAGUCUGCUAUGGACAGGCCCUCUAGCCGCGGAGCACUUGCCCUUGGCGCAGGCGGUCUUGGGAAAGCACCGACUGGUGGAGCAGUGCAACAACCAGAUAGGCCGAUGACUGGACAACGUGGAGCGGCGCCGGCCGGUCCCAUGCGCGCCCCAGCGGGUGCCUCCAUUAUCGGUGCCGGUCCUCCAGGCACGGCCAUGCGCGGAGGCCCCGGCCCCGCCGGUGGGCCCCCCGGCACCGCGUACAAGCGCAUGGGGACGGCAUCUCAGCGACCAGGGACAGGACAGCAGGCGGCAGCAGCGGCGGCAGCGGCACGGGCAGGCCAGCAACUGCAGGUGGAGAACCGGCCCAUCACCAACCAUGGUGUGUCGGGCAUGAAGACGGCCGCGGCGGGCGUUGGUCGCCAGGUGCUCGAUAAGAACUACUUCAUGAACGAGCUGCGGCAAAAGCGUAUGGAGAUUGCGCAGGUCACGUCAAACAUGAAGUCCGACCUGGAGGCUCUGGAGCGCAAGCAGGCUCAGUACAACAGCAUGGACAAGCGCGCCUCCGACCUGAGCAAGGAGGUCAAGAUCCUGCAGGAGGCCCUGGCAGACUACAACACCGUGCUGGACAAGGUGGGGUCGCAGGCGCCGGUGUACGUGAUCCAGCAGGAGUUCGCGGCGCUCAAGGACCGCAACGAGCAGCAGCGCAAGCGCGUGGACGAGGUGCUCACGGAGCGCCUCAACCUCGAGUCCAAGGCCAAGCAGGCCGAGUCCAAGAUGUCUGAGAUCCAGGCGUCCAUGGACCAGCGCCUCAACUCUAUGCCGCCCAGCCAGCGCAACGAAUACACCACGCUCGUGGCCGAGCAGCAGCAGCUGCAGGCCGACAGCAAGCGCUUUGAGGAGGUGCUGGACGAGCUGGACAAGGCGCUGCAGGCCAGCGAGGGCGAGCUGGCGCGCAACCCCUUCAAGCAGCGCAGCCUGCAGCUGCAGGAGCAGAUCCGCGCGCUCACGGAGAAGAAGUACGAGCUGACGGAGGAGGAGCGGCAGAGCAAGCGCUCGCCCGAGGAGCUGCGCGCCGACCUCAUGGCCAAGAUCAAGCGCGACAACACCGAGGUGGAGCAGAUGACGCAGCAGAUCCGCGAGCUUCAGGACCAGAUCAAGAAGAUGGAGGAGCGCGUCAAGAGCCUGGGCGGCGCCACCAGCGGCGCGGCGGCGGCGGAGGAGAAGGCCAACCGCGAGAAGUUUGAGGAGCUGCUGGCCAAGGAGCGCGACCUAAACAACUUCAUGGACGGCUUCCCCAGCCGCAAGGCCGCCAAGAUGCAGGAGAAGCAGCAGAAGGAGGACGGCAUCGUGGGCGUGCUGGAGAAGAUGGUGAAGAUGCAGGGCAUCAUUGGCUCCAACCUGCCCAGCCAGAAGAAGUACAAGGAAAUGCAGGACGAGCUCGAGUACAAGAAGAUGCAGCUGGAGAACACGCAGACCACGCAGGAGCGGCUCAAGGAGGAGCUGACCAUGCGGCGCACAGAGCUGGAGAAGAUCGAUACGCUGGAGGACAAGAUCAAGCUGGAGCUGACGCAGCUGGCGGAGCGGCAGGAGGCCAUGGAGAAGGAGAUGGGCGAGUUCGGCAGCGUCGAGGACAUCCAGCGCAAGGCCAACGCCGCACGCGAGCGCAUGGAGGGCCUGCGCAGUGUGCUGUUGAAGCGCAAGGACCUGCUGCGCUCCAUCGUGGCGGAGCGCGGCCUCAAGUUCCAGGCCAAGCGCGCGCAGCUGCAGGACCACAACCUCCAGGUGCAGCUGGAGAAGAUGGAGGCCAAGCUGAAGAAUCUGAGCGCGGGCGUGUUCGAGAUGGACGAGUUCAUCAAGGCCAAGGAGAGCGAGACCAACUACCGCCAGCUGGCCUCCAACAUAGCGGCGCUGGUAGACGACCUCAACGUGCAUGUCAAGAAGGCCGUGGUGUAAGAAGGAGGCAGUGGUGUAAGGGGUCUCCGGAGGAGGGCGCGUGCCGUUGUUGGGGUGUUGGGGGCGCGGCGCGAGAAGUACGUGCGUGUGGCGUUGUGCCUUUCAGCAGGCUGCACGUGUAGUACGGUAGUCAAGGUGAAGGGCGGCCUGGGCACAGGAGGAUGCUGACGCCGUGACGGGUGACGAUGACAGGCCAUCGCGAGUUUGAUCUCUGCUGUCGAGUCAUUGACUUGGGUUCCUAGACAGGUCGGGCUACAAGCCCGGAGGUUGAUGGCUCACCUCGCAGUGCGCGGACAGCAGGUGUGGCGCAUGCGCAUGUGCCUCAGGAGCGCGGUGCGGACCAGGGAAGAUGCGAUGGGAGUAGGCUAGGCCUGUGUGAGGGCCCUUGCCGAAGCGCCACGGCCAUUCCAUGGCCUGGCCCGAAGGCAGCGCUCGUGGUUGGAUACUGACCAGCGGCGUCAAGCGGCGUACGAUGUCAGAAGUGGAGCUACCGCCCCUGCACAAGGGGUGAUGUACAUACUGUUAUUUAGGAGUCCGCUGCUUAUAGCUACUGGACUGCAGAAGAAGGAGGCUGCAAGGAUCUGAUGGAGGCGCUGGUGUGUAUGGAUGACGCUGUAAGAGAUGCACAAG